UCAGUGUGUCGGUCGGGCAGCGUGACGGAGAGGAGCUCUGCUGCACCGUCAGACAGGCAUCGCUCCGUGAAGGGCCACGCGACCACGCGACCACUCGACCACUCGACCACUCGACCACGCGACCACUCGACCACUCGACCACUCGACCUCCAGCAUGGAGAUCCCCCUGGAGAACCACGACAGCUCCUCAUCGGCCAACGUAGAGUAUCACAAAGCCUUCACGGACCGGUGGAGGGAGACGGACGCCACCAUGUGUCGCCACAGCAUGUCCUUCCACCUGCACCACGCCAUCAGGAGCGACUUCUUCGCCAGCUACCUGUACCUGCUGGACAAGACUCCUAUGGUGAAGCUGUUCCCGGUCACCUGCGAGUACAUCAAGGGCGAGAAGCAGUUCUACUACCGAGCUCAGCAGUUCUACGAGGACGUGGAGGCCUCGGAGGAGGGCAUGAUGGGAGACUUCGUGGAGAUCUCCCACGUGGACCUGGAGGGUUCCAGGCAGUUCCUGAAGAGGUUUGUGGGUCCAGGUAAGGCCGGAACGCACUGCGCCCUGGACUGCGGCUCCGGGAUCGGGCGCGUGACCAAAGGCGUCCUCCUUCCUGUGUUUGAGAAGAUGGAAAUGGCGGACAUGAUGGAGCACUUCCUGCUGCACGCACACGAGGAGUACCUGGGCGACGACGCCGACCGCAUCGAGACCUACUACUGCUACAACCUGCAGGAGUUCACCCCCCCGAAGAACAAGUACGACGUCAUCUGGAUGCAGUGGGUGGCCUGUCACCUGACAGACAAGGACCUCAUGAACUUCCUGUUUCGCUGUAAGAAGAGCCUGCGUCCCAACGGCGUCAUCAUAAUGAAGGACAAUAUGGCGCGGCAGGGCUGCAAGCUGGACUCCAUCGACAGCACCAUCAGCCGCCACCUGGACAUCAUGAAGUGCAUCAUCGCCAAGGCCGGCCUGGAGGUGCUGGAGGCGGAGCUGCAGGAAGGAUUCCCUGAGAUCAUCAUGCCCGUCUGGAUGAUCGCCAUGAAAUAGACGCCACAGUGGUUCUGUGAAAAGUUUCAGAUUGUUGUUUCUCAAAAACCAGGAGGGAAAUCCACCAUGAAGCAGAAUUCACGUGUUAUUCCAGUUCUGCUAAAGUCCUUACGAUUCGUGAUUGAUUCUCUAAAACCUACAGAAACACAGCGAGAGCUCCUCACGUCACCAGGAGAUAAAUCCUGAAGGGCCGCGGUGACGGGGAGAAGACAGGAGCCUCCUGCUCUGCACUGACAUGAGAUAAAGCUUCAGUGGAGAAUUAAACCUCCACAGAAGCACCCGGCGUGUCCACAAAGACACUCUGUGAUUUACUGUCCACCACCAGGCUCGGUGUCCGCCGGCAUCAAACGUCCGAGCCUCGAGUCUCUGUGGGAGAAGCUGGUUCCUGUCGCAGCAUCAUUGGAAUAACAUGUGAAUUCAGGUUUACUGCUGGAUUCCUCCUCCCACUGACCCUGUGUCAGUAACGUGUCAGUAGCGUGUCAGUAACGUGUCAGUAGCGUGUCAUAGUGGACUGGAUUCAAAUGUUGUUGUGCACAAUGAACAUGUGAUCUGCAUUUACAUAUGUGAGGUAGACAUGAUAUCUGAUCACAGGCCUUUACCUUCACACCUUUUAUUAUUAUAAUAGCUCAGUUUGUUGGUCAGAUAGGGGGCGCUGUCCACAAACCAGCAGAGAGAGAGAGAGAGAGAGAGAGAGAGAGAGAGAGAGAGAGAGAGAGAGAGAGAGAGAGAGAGAGAGAGAGAUAGAGAGAGAGAGAGAGAGAGAGAGAGACGAGGGGAGAAUCUCUUCUUCCACCUGUCGGACGAACAUUAACACAGAACAUCUCAGAGACAGAUUUCCAUUCAUCUCCUUCAGCUCGCUCACAGGUCGGUCAGAUGUUGAUUUUGUUUUUAUGUGACCUUGUGUUUUAUACUUUGCUUGUAAAAUUGCAUUUUUAUAUUGACUUCUUGUGUGUGUGUGUGUACAUGUAGAAUUGUGCUGCUUCACUUGAACAACAUCAACACUGAAGUUUGAGUGUUUUUCUAAAGCUCUGAAAGCAUA